AUGUCCUCCGGCAAGGGCGUCCCUGACUUCCCAAACCUAGAAGCCAAGCUUCAAAAACCAUCCAAACAAUCUGCAUUCGAGAAGCAGAAAGCAGAGGCCGAAGCCAAGCGACAACGAGAAGAAGCCGAAACCGCCGCCGUGUACAACGAAUUCGUGAAGAGUUUCGAUCGCGACGAUGAUUACGAUGGCCAUGGCGCGCCUGGCUUUUCAGCGCCUCCGCGCCCUCGACCAGGAUUUGGAGGCCCGCCGCCUCCCUCAGGACUCGGUCGACGACACUUUGGCACCUCAGGACUAAAAAGUGGCCCGGGAAGCUUGGGACCACCGCCGUCCUCAUUCGUGAAGAAGCGAUCUUUCCAGGACUUUGCGCGGACGCCUCGUGAUAAAGGAGUACUGGGUUAUGACGAGGGCAGUGGUAGUGGAGGACCACUCCCGGCGUCCAGAGCUUUCAACACGAGUGAUGACGAGGAUAUGGAUGGCGGAACAAAUCGAGCUGAGGAAAAAGCGAUUGCUAAGCCCACGCUGCGGCUGUCGAACAUACCACCCGGAACCUCACCAGCUACGAUUAAGGCGCUGAUUCCAGAGAACUUGGUAGUUGAGAAUGUCAAAAUUACUCCUUCUACAGGCUCUGCGGGAUCUGAACGAAAACAUGCGGUUUCGAUCGUGGUAUUGUCCCAGGAUACACCCGCAAACGAGAUCGAGGCAGCGGUCAAUGCGCUGCAGAACCGGUACCUGGGCUAUGGCUACUACUUAUCCCUCCAUCGACAUCUUUCCUCAGCUGUCGCAAGUUCUGUAGCGCUACCAGUCAUUGGUUCAAACUCGGCAUCUCAUCCUUUUGGAGCGAAACCUGUCGAACAAUCAUCAGGACCACAGAACGCACCCGCACAACACGGUUUUCACAAAGGAUUUGCGCCUCCUACCUCAUAUGGCCCUCCCGGUGCUGGCGUCAACCGGUCUAGUUUAUUACACGUGCCAGUAAAACCACCAUCGGACGUCAAAACCAUUCAAUUGAUCAGCAAGGUCAUCGAAAGAGUUCUCGAGCACGGCCCAGAGUUUGAGGCACUGCUAAUGUCACGACCUGAGAUUCAGAGGGAAGAGAAAUGGGCGUGGAUAUGGGAUGCAAGAAGUCAAGGUGGUAUAUGGUAUCGAUGGAGGUUAUGGGAGGUUAUCACGGGUUCAGAACAAUCACGACAAAAUGGCAAAUACGUCCCCCUUUUCGACGGUUCGCAUGCAUGGAAGGCCCCAGAGGAGAAUCUCAAAUUCGAGUACACAACCAAACUCGAUGAGUUCGUAUCGGAUUCAGAGUACAACUCAUCAGACGAUGAUGAUUUUGACGAGGAGAACAAGCGGGAAACUGCCGAUCCCGAGUUCGAGAAAACAUUCCUCAGCCCGUUGGACAAGGCCAAGCUCACACAUUUGCUCGCGCGAUUACCAACAUCAAUGUCAAGGUUAAGGAAGGGCGACGUCGCGAGAAUCACAAGCUUUGCAAUCGCUCAUGCAAGCCGUGGAGUCGAUGAGGUUGUUGGAAUGAUCACAUUCAACGUUGAGAAGCCAAUUUCUCUCACUGGUGCAAACCCCGAGAAGAAACCAGAUACCAAAGAUGUACAAUCGGGCGCGCAGGACGAAGCGUCGAAGGAGGAGGGCGUCGAUAUCAGUGCUGCUAGCCUCGUAGGCUUGUAUGUCGACCGCAAGACCUUUGAAUCACUAGGUCUAAUGGCUGAGCGACUUAAAUGGGGUCGUCUACGCGCUGAAAAGUGGAAGCGCAGCAUUCACCUUGUCCUUAAUCUUUGGGAGGGAUGGUGUGUCUUCCCAGCCGAGAGCCAGGAGCUAUUUGUUCGAAGCUUUGAAACCCCACUAUCAUCGACUACUACUGAAAAGGAGAGUAACGAAGAGAGGAAGGGCAAAUGGAAGACGGUAGAAGAUGCGCAAGCACGGAUACUGCCAGUCUCAACUGCGGAUGAAGAAGAGGAUGAUGUGCCGGGCGAGGCGAUCGACGAAGACGAUAUUAUAGGGGAGCCGGUGGAAGAGGACGACAUUGAAGGAGAACCCAUUGAUGAAGACGAUAUCGAAGGCGAGCCGAUUGAGGAAGAUGAUGUGGCUGGAGAACCAAUGGACGAGGAUGAGGCUGUUGGGAGUCAACCGCCACCAGCACCUUCAGAACAGCCCCCCACUGAGAGCGGAAACAAGGAGCUAGAUCAGGCGUCCAAAGCUGGACCGCCUAGAAGGCGGAUGCGAGCGGUGGACAUGUUUGCGGAUUCCGAUGACUCGGAUAAGGAAAAGGGCGCAUAA